AUGAAAGAAAUGAAAGACUCAAAAAGAAGAUCUAUUUUCAUCGAAUUAAUACAGACCGAGCGAAAUUAUGUCGAAGGCUUAACAACUUGCAAAGAAAUAUACUAUAAACCACUUGACAGCUCAAUAAAUACUGAGAAACCAUUAAUUGAUUCAAAAACUCUUUCUUCUCUUUUUGGAAAUAUCGAUAAAAUCAGAGAAUGCCAUGAAGUCGGACUUUUAAAUUAUAUGGAUGAAAUACUCCCAGAUAUGCGAAGACAUUUUGCUCCAACUGAACUCUAUAUCUCUUUGGCCAACAAAUUUUUGGAAAUUUUGCCACACAUGCAAACUCUUUAUAGAGCAUACUUACAAACAAAUGAAAACUCUGAUGCCAUUUUGGAUGGCCUUCGUAAGCAUAAAAAAUUCAAAAAAUUUGUUUCAAGGUGCAUUUACAAUCCUAAAGCAAAAUGUCGCUCAAUUGAAGACUUUCUAAUCCUUCCUCUUCAAAGAAUUGCAGCUUACAAGUGCUUAUUUGAAAGAGCCCUCAAAUAUUUUCCAGAAAGUAUGGUAGAAGAACAUAAAAUAUAUAAACAAUUGCUUGAACAGUUACUUGGUCUCGGAUCUGAAAUGAAUAAAGCAAAAUCUGAUGAUGCAAACCAAGAUAUAUUAUAUCAGAUCUCAGAAACUGUUUCAAAGGCUCCAUCAUACUUACAAAUUAUGAGAGCUGGAAGAAAAUUUGUAGGAAAAUACAAACUCACGUAUCUUGAUCAUAAUACAGGACGUGAGACAGAAAGAGGAUGCUCUUACCUCUUUAAUGACAUUCUUCUGCUUGUCCAAAAGGUGAAAACAGGAAUGUAUACAACAAAGUUCAUAUAUGAAGAUUGUAUUCCUAUUACUUCGAUAAAAUUUCAAGCAACAGCAUUUCAAACUUAUGCUGAGAAAGCGUGUCAUCUCCGCACAGAUGUAAAUAUAUACGAACUACUUUUCAAUGAUUCCAAAGAAAGGGACGCGUUUGUCAGUUCAAUCAAGAAACAGCAAAAGAAGAUUUCAAAAAGAAUUAGAGACCAAACAAAGAAUGGAUUAACUCAUAUCCAAACAAUUAUUUCAGAUAUAAGUACUUCUUACAAAGAACCUAAGAAGUUCGUAAGCCGAGCAAAAUUGCUUUCAUCUUGGUAA